AUGUCCAACUACAGAAAGAGAAAAGUUAUUUUCCAGAAACAAGUCGCCAUGAAGAUAUUUGCCUUUGUCAAGAUGAAUAACGUGGCAGCCUUGUUGGGAUUAUUAAUUGGAGUCGGGGUCAUGUGCGCCAAUGGUCCCUCAAAGUCAUCAAGCAGACGGAAAGAUCCUGUGCCCUAUCAAGGCACCACAGGAAAGAAGAUCUUCUGUUACUACAGCAGUUCGGCGAACGGCAGACCAAGUGUUGGCAAGUUCUGGCCGGAGCAUAUAGAUCCGUUCAUAUGCACACAUCUGAUAUUUGCUUUUGUGGACAUCACAAAGGAUGGCAAGGACCUAACGCCAAAUAACUGGAAUGAUCUUGGGCCCGACGGACUGUAUGCCAGGACUAUGAAACUAAAGGACAUAAAUCCAAGUCUAAAGAUCCUGCUUGCUGUUGGUGGAUGGAAAAUCGGAUCAAAACCCUUCCUGCCUGUUAUCGCCGACUCCGAAUCCAUGACAGCGUGGACGGCAAAUGUUGUGAAGUACCUGAGAAAAUAUGGAUUUGAUGGUCUUGACAUGGACUGGGAAUUUCCAGGAAUUCGUGGCAGCUCACUGAAUGACAAAUACAAAUUUACCCAGCUAAUGAAGGGACUUUACGAAUCUUUUGCUGAGGAGGCUUCAAUAUCAGGAAAAGAAAGGCUGAUGCUGACAUGUAAUAUUGCUAUACGUACAAUGAUCUAUGACGUGUCUUGUGUUGAUAGAUACAUCGACUACAUGUUGCUUAUGACCUACAACUACCACGGCUCCGGCUGGGAGAAGGAAACCGGCCACCACAGCCCACUGCUGCCUCACCACCUUGACCCAGAGGGAGAACAGAGAGAACUUUUCCAGCAAUGGUCUAUUUCUCACUGGCUUGACUACGGCGUGCCCAAAUCCAAGCUGAUCGUAGGAAUGGCGACAUACGGACUCGGCUGGAAGUUGUCGGACCCCAGCAACAGUGGAGUGCGGUCACCAGCUGAAGGGGGAAACGCCGCUGGCAAAUACACCGGAGAAUCAGGGAUUUUAGCCUUAUAUGAAAUAUGUGAGAAAAUCCAACACAACAGCUGGCAGGUAAAUUGGAUCUCGGACCAGAAGGUGCCAUACUGCCACGGCGAAGGAGAAUGGGUUGGGUUCGAGUCUCCGGACAGCAUUGCACUUAAAGCUAUAAACGUUAUGCAACGUGAUCUUGCUGGGGCAUUUUUAUGGUCAGUUGAAAUGGACGAUUUCGGCGGCCAUUGUGGAGGAGUCACGUUCCCGAUAAUCAGAACAGUUCAUGAAAUUUUACUAACAGCCAAAGGAGUUGAAAGUGUAAAGCAAAUCAUAGACCGUGGAAGUAGGGGUGGCAGCGGCAGUGGCAGAAGCAGCGGCGGACGAAACACAGGUAGCAGCAGUAGCGGAUCAUCAUCAAAAUCAUCGUUAGGGUCUUCGUCAAAAUCUUCAUCAGGAUCAACACCUGCUGCAGGCGUACCGAAACUGUCGCACCUAGGCUUUCUACUAAUCUCACAGCGUUUCAAGGCUCAUGUGUCUGUGUUUGUGUUCAUGUUUUGCUUUGAAGAUGACUUACAAUGCAUCUCUGCUUAA